AUGUACGUGGGCUAUGUGCUGGACAAGGAUUCUCCAGUCUACCCCGGCCCCGCCAGGCCCGCGAGCCUCGGCCUGGGCCCGCAAGCCUACGGCCCCCCGCCCGCACCCCCUGGGCCCUCCCAGUACCCCGACUUCACCGGCUACUCUCACGUGGAGCCGGCCCCCGCACCCUCUGCGGCCUGGAGCGCGCCCUUCUCUGCGCCCAAGGACGAUUGGGCCUCCGCCUAUGGCCCCGGCCCUGCGGCCCCCGCCGCCAGCCCAGCCCCGCUGGCAUUCGGGCCCCCUCCGGACUUUAGCCCGGUGCCCGCGCCCCCCGGGCCUGGCCCAAGCCUCCUGGCGCAGCCCCUCGGAGGCCCGGGCGCACCGUCCUCGCCCGGAGUGCAAAGGCGGACGCCCUACGAGUGGAUGCGGCGCAGCGUGGCGGCUGGAGGCGGCGGUGGCAGCGGUAAGACCAGGACCAAGGACAAGUACCGCGUGGUCUACACCGACCACCAGCGUCUGGAGCUGGAAAAGGAGUUCCACUACAGCCGUUACAUCACCAUCCGGCGGAAGUCGGAGCUGGCCGCCAAUCUGGGGCUCACCGAGCGGCAGGUGAAGAUCUGGUUCCAAAACCGGCGGGCAAAGGAGCGCAAAGUGAACAAGAAGAAGCAGCAGCAGCAGCAGCCCCCACCGCCCCCACAGCCAGCCCACGAAGUCGCCCCCACAGCAGCGGGGCCGCCCCUGGGGGGCCUGGGCCCCAGCUCGGCCAGCCUCCUGGCAGCCUCCUCCCCAGUGCCUGUUAAGGAGGAGUAUCUGCCGUAG